GCCCGUGCCGAGCUCAUGCAAAAGAGCUGCGCAUGCCACUUCCUGUACGGCCCCGAAACCAGCGACCGGCUCACGGCCCAGAUCCAAGGAGCCCUGGAUGACAGGAGGGAGUUUAAGACGGAGCUGGUCUUCUACAAGAAGGGAGGUACCCAGUUCUGGUGUCUUCUUGAUAUUGUGCCCAUUAAGAAUGAGAAGGGAGAAGUUGUCCUCUUCCUGGUGUCUCACAAGGACAUCACAGACAAUAAGAAGGACCAGGAUCUGGAGCAGGGACCAGACACAGAUGAGGAGACUGGUCUGGAGGUUCACCAGGUCACCCGCCCCCCGGGCUUUAACGCUAACCGACGCCGCAGCAGAGCAGUGCUCUAUCACCUGUCGGGCCACCUGCAGAAACAAGACAAGAGCAAGCUCAAAAUCAACAAUAACAUGUUUGGAGAGAAACCUCCCAUCCCAGAGUACAAGGUAGCAGCUAUCCAGAAGUCCCGCUUCAUCCUGCUCCACUAUGGGACCUUCAAAGCGGGCUGGGAUUGGCUGAUCCUGCUGGCAACGUUUUAUGUGGCGGUCACUGUGCCCUAUAAUGUUUGCUUUGCAGCGGUGGGUGGGAAGGACGAGGGCAGCAGUGCCCCACGAAGCCCACCAAGUGUCAGUGACAUCUUGGUAGAAAUCCUCUUUAUGUUAGACAUAGUGCUGAACUUCCGGACCACUUUUGUGAGCACGUCAGGCCAGGUGGUGUACGAUGCCCGCUCCAUUUGUGUUCAUUACGUCACCACCUGGCUGUUCGUCGACCUCAUCGCUGCCCUGCCCUUUGACCUUCUCUAUGCUUUCAAUGUCAGCGUGUACUUUGGGGUCCAUUUGCUGAAGACGGUCAGGCUGCUCCGGUUGCUGCGGCUGCUGCAGAAGUUGGAGCGCUACUCCCAGUACAGUGCUGUGGUGCUGACUCUGCUUAUGUCCAUGUUUGCUUUGCUGGCCCACUGGAUGGCCUGCGUCUGGUACUUCAUUGGUCGCAGAGAGAUUGAAAACCCCGGCUCCUGGGACAUCGGUUGGCUGCAUGAGCUGGCCAAGCGUCUCGGCACCCCUUACUUCCUGUCCCCGCUGGGAACGCUGGCCCCUGACUCACUGCCACCAACUGUAGUUAAUGGUCUCCCGUCAAAUAGCAGUCAGUGGAACGCGUCUGGGGCACAGGUGGCUGGACGGGACUCCUGGAACUCCAGCCAACUAAAUGGAAGCAUGCCUGGCAGUGUGACGGUGGUGGGAACUGAGCUUGGUGCGGGAGGCUCCGGGAUGCUUGGUGGGGGUCCAUCGGUGCGUAGCAGCUAUGUGACGUCGCUCUACUUUGCUCUGAGCAGUCUGACCAGUGUGGGGUUCGGAAACGUCUCUGCCAACACAGACUCGGAGAAGAUCUUCUCUAUUUGCACUAUGCUCAUAGGAGCACUGAUGCAUGCGGUGGUAUUCGGUAAUGUGACGGCCAUCAUCCAGAGGAUGUAUUCCCGCCGCUCUCUCUACCACACACGCACCAAGGACCUGAAAGAUUUCAUCAGGGUCCACCGGCUACCUAAAGCCCUUGAGCAGCGCAUGCUGGAGUGCUUCCAGACCACCUGGUCUGUGAACAAUGGAAUAGAUGUUAGCGAGUUGCUGAAGGAUUUCCCGGAUGAGCUGAGAGCAGACAUUGCCAUGCACCUUAACAAAGAGCUACUCCAGCUUCCGCUGUUUGAGUCGGCCAGCCGAGGCUGCCUGCGCUCCCUCUCGCUCAUUAUCAAGACCUCCUUCUGUGCACCGGGGGAGUUCCUCAUCCGUCAGGGGGACGCCUUACAGGCCAUCUACUUUGUCUGUUCCGGAUCCAUGGAGGUCUUAAAGGACAACACCGUGCUGGCCAUACUGGGUAAAGGAGACCUCAUUGGCUCGGACUCCCUGACCAAGGAGCAGGUGAUAAAGACCAACGCCAACGUCAAGGCUCUGACCUACUGUGACUUGCAAUACAUCAGCCUUAAGGGUCUCCGCGAGGUCCUCCGACUCUACCCCGAGUAUGCGCAGAAGUUCAUCAGUGAGAUACAGCACGACCUCACGUACAACCUGAGAGAAGGACACAACUCCGAUGUGGACUGGGAGAGUAACGGUGGCUUGGUGAAAAAGCUCCCGUCUAUAAGGGAGGAUGAAGAAGGUGAUGAGGAGCAGAGCUCGGUGUCCUGUGCUCCCCGCUCUCCACUCCGUCUUAGCAGGGGUCUCAACUCCCCUCUGCGCUCCCCCCUCUUGCCCCCCAGGCCUUUCCGCGCCCCUUCGGACCCCUCCCGUCCAGCCACCCUCCAGAUACCAGUGGUCAGCUUCAGUAGUGCACCCCCUGAACUCAGUCCCAGAUUUGUGGACGGCAUUGAAACAGAGAGCAAUUCCAACUCAUCCCAGAAGUUUGAGUUCAGCCCCAGUAUUUCACCUGCUGCCCCGCCAUCCCCAUCCCCAGGGAUCCGGGAGCAGUCAGAGAUCAGGCAGAGUGUGUCUAAACUGACUGAAGAGAUGAACAGUCUCUCCAAACAAGUCUCCCAGCUCAGUCAGGAGCUGCAGGAUAUGACACGCCUUCUUAAGCCCCUUCUACAAGCAGCACCGCAGCCAAUGCUAACAACCUUGACGCCAACUUUAACCUCGAUGGCCAGCAGCACGAGCCAAUUGCCCACAGCCACCCACAUCACAGUCCUGCCUGCUGCCCUGCCGUGCUCCCAUCAGAGAACUGAGACUUGCUUUCUAUUGGACAGCGGAGACAUGGGGGGGGAGGACUUGCCUGGAUGCCUUCUCCCUACUCCUCAUUCACCACAAAGGCCUACUGCUGCUCUUCCAGCACAGCCGCCGCCACCAGCGCCGCCCCGGCCCAACUCCCCGGGGAGUGUCAACAGCCACGCCCACUCCAACCCGUCUUUGCCCGGGGAAGAUAUGGAAGGAUCUCCAAGCCCGAGGAGCCUUCAUACCUCCUCCAGCAAUGGGACACUUUUCCCAUCGCUUCACGAUCAGCCGCCACUGGCCUCGCACUCUCUGUCACCGUCUCUCUCCUUCUCCAUGUCUCUCUCCUCCUCCCCUUCUCUUUCACCCUGCCGGGGCACCUGUCUGCUGCCCCGGACUGGCAUGAGCCACACCGGCCGAGGUCUGCCCCCGCCGCCACCUUCCCAGGACACCCCACCUCCCCUGACCUCGCAUUGCUCAGCUCCCCCAUCCCUGACCUCCUCACCGGGAGGUCGCAGACCCAAAAUUUUGUACCCCUGUUCUUCAUCUUCUUCUUUUUCUUCCCCAUUCACUCCGCCCACCUCUUCCCCCCAUCCCUCCGCCCUCUCCCUCCCAUUUUUUCUGGACUCAGUGAGGGAGAGGAACAGGAUGGAAGGCGAUCGGGAUCCUUUCUGGUCCACCCUCCGGCCCAACAAUGGGGAUGCCAGACCCAGGGCAGGAACCCAGGAGCUGGAGAUGCAGGAGUGGAUAGAAGAAGGUGGGGUGGUGGUGGAGGGGAAGUCCUCCCCGGAGCACAUCGGUUUCAUUGACGAGGAAGGAGCAGCUUUAUAA